AUAAGCAGUAAUACUAGAAAGCAAGAGAGGGUGGAGACAAAGCAACCAAAGGUCUGAGGAAGUUAAACCUCUAAUAAGGAGGAAAGGUUGUUGGAAAGGCUGUCACGUAACAUUUUUAAAGAAUGGAUCUAUUACGUCCAAAGCUUUUUGACUUCCAUGGUGUGUCCAUGACCCAUUUUUUUACGCACAACUGGGAUAAAGUACAAAACUUUAAAGCUAAACCAGAUGACAUUGUCGUUGCCACUUACCCCAAAGCAGGCACCACUUGGAUGUGCUACAUUCUUGACUUACUGUAUUUUUAUCAAAUUUAUCCUGAGCGUGAAAAAUCUGUCCCCCUCUAUGAAAGAGUGCCAUUUUUAGAGGUUUUCUUCCCACCAUAUCCUACAGGAACAGACAAGGCAGAUACACUGCCCACGUCUCCACGCAUCAUCAAAACUCAUCUGCCUGUUCAGUUUCUACCCAAGUCCUUCUGGGAGCAAAACUGCCGGAUCGUUUACGUCGCUCGCAAUGCCAAGGACAACGUUGUGUCCUAUUUCCACUUUGACCGCAUGGAGAAGAUGCAACCCCAGCCAGGAGACUGGAACAGUUUCUUACAAAGAUUCAAAGAUGGAAAAAUGGUGUUCGGCUCCUGGUACGACCAUGUGUGUGGAUGGUGGGAAAAGAAACAGACGUCCUCCAAAAUCCACUACAUGUUCUAUGAGGAUCUACUGGAGGACACUGGACGUGAGCUGAAAAACCUUUGCUCCUUUCUUGGUUUAUCCCCAUCAGAUGAAGAAAGGAAGGAGAUUGUCAGAUGUGUUCAGUUUGAUGUCAUGAAGGUGAAUUCUAUGACAAACCAAAUGGAUGAUCCAACAUUAGACUCCAGUGUCUCUCAAUUCAUGCGUAAAGGUAAAGUCGGUGACUGGAAGAAUCACUUCACCGUGUCUCAGAAUGACCAGUUUGAUGAAGACUACAAACGGAAGAUGAAGAACACGUCUUUACAGUUCCGUGAAGAGAUUUAGAAAGAAAAAUCUAGUGGAAUGAAAGACAGAAUUUACAGCUAUUUUCUAAAAAUUUCAGAAAAUAUGUCAGUUCAUUGUGUCUUCCUGUGCCACACGAGUCAUUUUAACCAGAAUGGCUACAUGCAAUUAAGGAAUAAACUGAAUGAUGAACGAUA